AUAAACCCAUUCAUCUCUAUUAUUACAUUUACAACACUCAUCCUAAGCACAACAAUUGUAGUCAUCAGCUCUCACUGACUUUUCGCCUGAGUCGGAUUUGAAAUAAACAUGAUAGCUAUCAUCCCCAUCAUAAUAAAAAAUUUUAACCCCCGAACCACAGAGGCCUCCACUAAAUAUUUCCUAACCCAAGCUACCGCAUCCGCCCUACUCAUAAUAGCAAUUAUAAUCAACCUGUCACACUCCGGUCAAUGAACUAUCACCAAGCUAUUUAAUCCAACAGCAUCAAUACUAGUAACAAUUGCCCUAGCCAUCAAACUAGGAUUAUCCCCAUUCCACUUCUGAGUACCCGAAGUCACACAAGGCAUCCCCCUAUCCACAGGCCUAGUCCUACUAACAUGACAAAAAAUCGCACCUCUGUCCAUUCUAUACCAAAUCUCACCCUCCAUUAACAUGAACCUAAUACUAACUAUAUCCCUACUCUCCAUUCUCAUCGGGGGUUGAGGAGGACUAAACCAGACUCAACUCCGAAAAAUUAUAGCUUACUCAUCAAUCGCCCACAUAGGAUGAAUAACCACAAUCCUACCCUACAAUACAACCAUAACCCUACUAAACCUACUAAUCUAUGUCACAAUAACCUUCACCAUAUUCACACUAUUUAUCCAAAACUCAACCACAACCACACUAUCUCUGUCCCAGACAUGAAACAAAACACCCAUUACCACAACCCUUACCAUACUUACCCUACUUUCCAUAGGGGGCCUCCCACCACUCUCGGGCUUUAUCCCCAAAUGAAUAAUUAUUCAAGAACUAACAAAAAACGAAGCCCUCAUCAUACCAACCUUCAUAGCCACCACAGCAUUACUCAACCUCUACUUCUAUAUACGCCUCACCUACUCAACAGCACUAACCCUAUUCCCCUCCACAAAUAACAUAAAAAUAAAAUGACAAUUCUACCCCACAAAACGAAUAACCCUCCUGCCAACAGCAAUUGUAAUAUCAACAAUACUCCUACCCCUUACACCAAUACUCUCCACCCUAUUAU